AUGCUCUUGUGUUUUUCUGUAACGUUUUUCUCAACGAGCUAGAAAAUUAUCGAGUUUCAUUAAUAACAAUUCAGAUAAAGUGAAGGACCCAAAAAAGACCGACACAAGCACCGGAGGAAUAUAUCUUCGCCAGGGGCCACCUGAUGAUUUGCGAGCCGAAGAAUUCUUCAGUCUCGAUGAUGAGCCCCUCCCUCUCACCAAUAAGCAUCGACCCGCUAGAAGAUGGCCAAGAUGCACCGGGAGUGGGGUUAAAUGCUAUCGUGACUCCAGUUGGCUCCUUAGUCACCGCAAGUGCAAAUACACUAAGAUGAAAAGAUGGCACAAGUACUAAUAGCAAAGUUCGUGAAUAACGUUAAAUCCGCAUCUCCGAAAAUCGGAAUAAACUAGUUAAUUUUCGAAAAAUUAUGACAUAAACUAUGAUUAUUUUGUAUUAAAAUCGUUGGGAAAUCCUAAAUGGGAAUAUUUAAAAUCGUAUUUCAAGAGAUCAAGGCAUAAAAAAACAGUAGACAACAGUGAUUCGUGCCGCAAAGUUGAUAACAUGAAGAUUUUAAGUUUUUUAAACAAAUUUAACCGAUUUUAUUGGAGAAAAAUAUUGGACUAUUCGAGUGCGUUUUGAAUUAAUUUCAAAAAAACUUUUGUUCGAAAAGGAAAUCGCGAAAAUGAGAUUGUGCGCGUUGAUUCUCUUUGUCGGCACCGUCUCCGUGGUGGAAUCCUGCGGUCCGGGUCGUGGUGUAGGCCGACGGAGAGGUUCCCGAAAACUCACCCCUUUAGUUUUUAAACAACAUGUUCCUAAUGUACCGGAAAAUACUUUGACCGCCAGUGGGGUUGCGGAGGGAAGGAUCGAUAGAAACGAUACUAGGUUUAAUGACUUGGUUCCCAAUUAUAAUGACGACAUCAAUUUUAAGGACGAAGAAGGAACUGGUGCCGACAGGUUAAUGACUCAGAGAUGCAAAGAGAAGCUCAAUACCCUAGCGAUCUCCGUGAUGAACAUGUGGCCCGGCGUGAAGCUCUUCGUGACCGAAGGGUGGGACGAAGAAAGAUACCACACUCCGGACUCAUUGCACUACGAGGGCCGGGCUGUGGACAUUACGACCUCCGACAGGGACCGUUCCAAGUACGGAAUGUUAGCCAGACUCGCCGUCGAAGCAGGCUUCGACUGGGUGUAUUACGAAAGUCGGUCCCAUAUACACUGCUCCGUCAAAUUAGAGUCCGCCCAAGGAGCGAAAUAUGGAGGCUGUUUCCCAGGCGAAAGUACAGUAUUAACUUCCACAGGCGUCCACAGAAAACUUUCCGAUCUCCAAAUAGGCGAGAAAAUCCUUUCCAGAGAUCCUUCGACCACCGAACUAACCUUCAGCGAAGUGAUCCUCUUCCUGGAUUACGACGCAUCUCAAAAACGCGAGUUCCUAGAAAUCACUCUCGCCUCCAAUAGGACUUUGGUGAUAACGCCCAAUCACCUAGUGCAAAAAGAUACCUUAGAAGGAUAUCGAACAGUUUUCGCUCAAAGCAUCCAAUUAGGUGAUAAUCUAUUAGUUAGUGUAUCAAAUAAUAAAAUAGUUAGAGACAGAGUUAUCAAAUUAAGCGCCACCUUAAGGACGGGAGUGUACGCUCCGUUGACAAGGACGGGGACGCUAGUAGUGAACGAUGUAGUUGUCUCAUGUUAUGCGACAGUUGACAGUCAGUGGCUUGCGCACUGGGUAUUCUGGCCGUUAAGGUGGGCGUGGAACGUCAAAAAAGGAGUGGGGAGAGCAUGGUACGUCGUAAGCCGGCCUUUCGGUGCUUGGUCGGAACAAUCUUUAGAAGUUACGAAACAAAGUGAUACGGGAGUGCAUUGGUACGCAAAAUUAUUAUAUUCGACGGCUCAGUACUUAAUUCCAACGCACUUGAGUAAUUAAAUUAUUAUAUAUUUUUGUUUUUAUUGGCCAGUGAAAAUGUAUAUUUACUAUUUAUUAUAUUUUUAUAGGUUUUUGUAAAUUUUAUAUUUUUUAAAUGUACCUAUUUGUAAAAAUACGUAAAGUCUCAUACGUUUUAUAAAACACAUCUAGCCAGAUUUUCAUAUUACUAGAAAACAUUUUUUAGUACUUAGUGGUGGUGCGAGACUGGUCUUGGUUUGGUUUUGCAGCCUAGAUUUUAUUCUUGUAGUCUUGGUGUCGGUAUUUUGCAGUCUAGGUCUUAGUCUUGCAAAAUUUCAAGACCAAGAUCCAAGAUCAACAGAGCCAGCGAUAAAAGAGCAAGAUCAACGCUAAGCUCAUCUCGGUGUUGGUUUUUGCAGUCUUGGUCUUGCAGUCUUUGUCUUGGUUCUGCAGUCUAAGUCUUAUUCUUGCAAAAUUGUAAGAACAAGGUCUAAAAUCAACACAGCGUUGCAAGAUCAAGACUGGGCUGGUCUUGAUGUUGAUGCAAGACACUCGUAGUUUUCCAACUUAUUAUCUUAGUUUAACUAGUUACAAAAAGAAAAUUAUAUCAAGCUUAAUCAAUUUUUUCGAGCAAAGAUCAAAAGGAGUCGUUUGCUCUAAAAUUAAAAUUACUUAAUUUGAAUAUUUUCCAGGGUUAUCACUUAAGAGUUCCACAAGAGUUGUACUUCGUCAUUAAUUAAGAUAUCGAAUUGAUUUUUUUCUUUAAAAGUUUUGAGUAAAAACUUUAUUAUAACUAAUUCAAUUAUUCUGUGACCUCCUAGCGUACUUCAGUUUAUCCGGAAAUAUCAGUAAAUCUCAAUUUAUUUUUAAUUUUUUAAUGAAAACCGCAAUUAUUUAUUGAAAAUUAUAAUUUAUUAAACAACUUUGGACACGAAUCUUUUAUUGAAAAUGUUCUGUCUGUCAGUUGUCAACAUGGCUGCCAUAUUUGAUAAUAAUAUUUCUAAAUAUGUUAUUAAUGACUCGUUUAAGGAAUAAUAUAUGAGACUGAAUUACCUUUAAAAACCCUUUGUGAGCCUUAAUGUUCUCAUUGAGGCUACCUCAUUACACCAGUAGCGUAUCUAAGCAUUUUUAUUAUUUGCAAAAAAUUUUAACAAUUCCAUCCUCUCUUAUUAGUUAUUAUUUCAGAUAUUGAAAUAUAUAUUUUUUUAUUAAAUAAAUUAGUGUGUUGAAUUUUUAAAAGUUUUACCAAUAACAAAAAUACUCAGAUACGUCACUGGUGUAAUUUGGUUUAGUCUUAAUGGGAACACUAAGGCUUACAAAGAAUUUUUAAAGCUAAUGCAUGCAUUCCCAUAUUUUCUUCCUUAAAUAAGUUAUUUUAACACAUAAUAAUAAUAUUAUCUAAUAUGACGGCCAUUUUGACAGAUGACAGAACAUUUUUAAUAAAAUAUGUCCAAAAAUGUUCAAUAAAUUAUAAUUUUCAUUUAAAAUAAGAAUUGUUAUUUAAAAAUGUUGAUAUUAACUAUUUAGUUUCCUUUCCUUUAUUAAGUUCGAGUCUAGUUAUUUUACAUCUAAGAUGGGAGAGUAUUGUCAAAUGUCAAAAGAGUCGAACAAGAAGAAGUACUUUUAGUAGAAACAAGUUAAAAGAUAGAAAUGCCAUUCAUUUUUUUGUUACAUAUUUUGUAAUGUCUAUAAAAGGAGGUAAACGUUAUAUAAAUAUUCAUCUGCUUCAUUGGCGGCUCGUUACCAAAAUAUUGGGGGUUCGCAAUUGAAGGGGUGUGGAUUCUGGACAUUCAAAACUACCAAUCUAUGACCCUGUAUCUUCCAUAGUCGUUGUUUAUUAACUGGUUCUUUUUACAAAAAACAUAUCUAUUGGGGAUAUUAUUUAACGGUUAAUACCUUACGAUUUGUAAUUUUUUUCACAAAACGUGAAAGGUAUCUGUCAUCGCAUGACAUAAACUUAAAUUUUGUUAAACCAUGGUGUAAAAAAAAUCCCAAUGCUCCUUUCGAUUUUGAUUAUGUGAUCAAUAAUAAGGACGUAAUGUAUGACCAAGACCAAGGAUGUAAAUCGCUAUUAGUACUUUUCAACCAAUUUAUUAAAAAAAGGAAAUAAUUCCAAACUCAAAUAUGACCGAGAUGUAAAAUACAUCAAACAAAUCUCAAAGCCAUAGUCACAAUAUAUUGUGAAUAUGGCUUUGAAAUUUGUUUGAUGUAUUUUCAAUUUAUUAAAACCUCGACAAAUAUUUUCGUUAUUAGAGAGUUAUUGCAAAUUCACUAUUAGUGCCGCUCUUAUUUUGACAUCUGAGCAUGCGCAGAUCACUUACAUUCUAGAACUGACUUUAAUAAAGAUUGUGCGUGUCCUUAAUUGUGGAUGUUUAAGGACAGCAGUUAGUGGGGACUUUAUAGUUUUCGGGUGCGCUCGCCAACAUUCGUAUGCGAAGUUUUUUAAUAGUAAAUAUUUAAUAUCAUCGUCAUCUAAGCCUUCUAAAAUGGUAAUUUCUAAUGCCUCUUCCAUAUUAUAUACUUUUAUCAUAAACAACAAAAAAGAUGAACUGUAAUUUAAAAUUUUUAAAAUGAGGUUAGAAAUAUGUAUUAAGGACAAGGACUUUAAUGUCAAAAUUUCAGGUUUGCAAUAAGUCUUAUUUUAGCAUGGAAUUUAUUUGCCUCCAAUUACGUUGUCACUAUUAGUGGCUGACGUUAUAGAAAUUUGCAAUAACUCUCUAUUUACCUAUACAUUAAACUUUAACUACACUUUAUAAUAUCUCCUCUUUGAUUUCCCUUUUUGAUUUCACUUUUCUCUCUUGUUUGAACUUUGUUUAUAACGUUGACUAAUUCUCUAAUCUUUAAACAUUUUGUAUUUAAUGUUUAACUUCAAUCCGAUUUUUUUUUUUUCAGUUUUACCCUUUAUUAUACAACUAUAAACUAUAAAUUAACCCCCCAGAAAACACAGAAACAACGCAGUUUUUCAAAAUUUAUAAAACACAUCAAGUGUUAUUGACAAGAUGACGAUUUAUCAUAUAAAAUUAAUUCAUUUAAAUUCCCAUCUCGUGGGAUAAAAAAUUGUUAUGUAUUAUAAAGUGUGAAACUUUAUUGAAAGAUAACUUUAUUAGUGUUUUAAUGUGGAGCAUAAAUUUGUUAUUUUACUUGAUUGCGAUUAAAGUUUUUGUAUUUCUUAACGUUAGAAAUUACUCGAUUUUUAAAAAUAUUUUGGUUCAUGUUAAAUUAAAUUGUAUUUUAUUAUAUGGUACAUUAAAUCAUUAAUAAAAUUAGCUUUCAAUUGAAGUGUCAGACUUUACAAUACGUAAGAGUGUUUUAUCCCGCUAGAAAGCGCUAAAAUCAAAAGUGACGCAAUUAAAUUGCUCAAUUCUCCAUUAAAGUACCCUUCAAAUAAUGUAAGGGUUGCUGCCGGACUCCAAGGAUUGUAUUUCUGGUUAUGAAUUUUAUAUAACAAGAAAUCGCCCACUUGCCAAUAAAAAUUAACGUGUUUCUUUUAAUUUUGAAAAACUCCUUUGUUUCUGAAUUUUUAGAGGGCGAUUUAAAGUGAUAUACAUUGCAAUCUUUCAAAUUGUGUAUAAGAACAAAUGAACAGAGUGUCCGAAUAAAUAUUGACAAUUUUCAAACUUACACAAUUUUUAAACUAAUUUAGAUAAGGAAAUGCUGUUUUCACCAGUUUGAUUUUUUUCUGAGUACCUGUCUCAUAACAUCACUGUACUAUAUUAUUUUAUUUUUAGAUAUACAGAAAGUCUCUUUUUUUCCUUAUAAAAAUAUAGCUUAAUAUUUUUUUAUUUUCGUAUACAAAUUGGAUCUAUUUAAAAUAAUUUGUUACAUUUCCUUACAAUUCCUUUGAAAUAAUAAUUUAACUUGACAAAGUGAACAAAAAAUGAUUAGGUCAAUAACUGUUUAAAAUGCUGACAAGUAUUUUUUUAUUUUUUUUUAAAUAUUUUUUUUUUAUUAAUUUUUUUAAUUAACUUAUUUAAUUGCCUAAACAUAUUUAUUUUUUUACUGUUAACGUAUACUACAUUUUUAGUUUUAGACAUGAAAAACAAAAUACUGUCUGAAUAUUUAGCAGUCUUCCAUUUGUUACUACAUAGUCUAUGCAAUUUUCGGUUAAACCGGAAGUGUGCAAAAUAAGGCAGAUGAUCAGAAAAAGUCUUAUAAUAAGUGUAGAAGACUGGUAAAACCCUCAUUUUAUUGUCUCAAGUAGUUAAAAAGAUAUAUAGGUUUGAAAAAAUCAAAGUCUAAUGGUUUAUAGAAGAUCACAGAAUUGAUUAAGUAAAAUAUAAUGACAAUAAAUUAUUUAUAGAAAAUAAAAAAAAUUGUGUGAUAGCAAUCUAGUUGAUUAAUUCAUUAAUAUACAUUAAAAAAUAUCUAGGACAGAAAAAUAUACAGGAUGUCCCCGGAUGGAUAGAAAAAGAGGUACAUUUUAUAUUUUCACCUUUUCAAAAAAAUUUCCUUCAUAAAAGUUUUUGCUUGUUUCAAAACUAAGAAUAAUCCAAACAAAAGUUGAUAAUCUCUUUGUUUUAGAGAAUCAAUGACAAAAAUGACGGACCAGUGCAAUGGUCAGCUCGUUCGCCGGUUUUAAAUACUCUGUGAGGUUACUUAAAUCAAUUUGUUUAUAGUCAUAAUUUGGAAAAUGAUGUUAACAUUUUAAAAGAAAAAUGAGGGAGGGAAUUGAUUCUGUUUCUCAAGAAUCCAUAACAAAUGUUUACAAAGAAUUUUUACUCAGAUCCAGGGGAGGGGCAAGUAUUAUAGGCUGGGUCAAAACGCUGCCAGGCUAUAAUUAAAAGCAAUGGCCCAAAAAAAUCAAAAAUCCGGGGAGGGGGCGCCCCCUUGCUCUCGUGUGGCAGUGCCCAUACGCAGAUCUGAAAAAUGUGUUAAACUGAGUGGCUUUAUUGUUGAAUAAUAUAAAAUAAAAUAAAACAAAAACUUUUUUUGUCAUUAUUUCACCAAAGCAACUUCUAUUUAAAUUAUUAUUAUUAUUUUUGAAACAAACAAGAACUAUUAUAAGGAAUAUUUUCUCAAAAAGUUGAAAAUAAAAAGUGUUUCCUCUUUUUUAGUCCGUCCAUCUCAUUAAUUUAUUUUGCACAAAAAAAUAGUAUGUUUACUAUGACUACCAAAGGUUUCACUUUACGUUAAUUAUAUAGCAUUUUGACACUUAACAUUUUUUAUUGUACUUAACAAAUAUUUACACAACAUUUCUUUUUUCAUAUUAUCUAUCUACUUCCGAUUCUAAUGGAUGACCACCCUGUAUAAACCUAAGUCAUAUUUUAACAACGAAAGUUUACUUUACAAAUAUGUUUACAUCUGGCUAUUUAAUAAUAAUAAUUCAUCUAAUAGGUAUAAAGUUUCAUAAAAACGACCUAGGUCAAUAUAUUUUUUACGAGCAUGUUUCCUGUUUAUAUUCUGCUACUUAGACAUUUUAAUUGUUAUAAAACGAAGAUGCUAAUUGUUUUCACGGUCGCGGUGUAAUAAUAUUAAACUUUAAGGUCACUUUGAAUGUUUUCGCGAUAUUAUAAGCAUUCUAAUUUAAUUUUAAAUUAUUGGUAUUUUUUAUUUUUAAUAAACAAAAAUAUUACUGAGUGUUCUUUUGUGACCGUUACUUCAGUAAGUAUUCAAAUUUUAAGUGGUCAUAACUUCAUUAUUAAUAAUUAUAUUUCUAUAAAAUUUUGGUCACAGCUAUUAGAAGGCACUCUUAAUCCAGUGGCGUAAUAAUUUUUUUAAUAAAAAAAUCACUAAUAAAAAUUCUCCAUUUUCGACUACGAAAAAGUAUCGUAUUAUACUCUUAAAUUAAACAUUUUCAAUUUUGUCCCAAAGUAGAUUUUUUGUUACCUGAUAAGUUAAAAAAAAUUGGUUCAAAUUGGUUAAUACCUUCAAAUUUUACAGGGGUGUUUCCAAUCUAAAUGAUUCACACUGUAUAAUAAUAAUUGAAGGCUGAUUUUUUAAUUAAUUUUAAACGUUUAUUUAAUAGAUAAAUUUCUGGGGUUAAAAUUCUUCUUUGUUAAAAAAAUAUAUUACAAGAGGCACAAAAAAUAUUUAUUGGAUACCUCAUAUAAUUUUUUUUAAUCAAUAUCAUUUUCUUGACUACUGGGCUCUGAUUCAGAGUUAUCACUACUUGCCGUUGUACCUAAAUUAUUAUCAAUAGCUCUACACCUUUUCCAAUUAUAGUUCAAAAAUCGUCACGUUAAUUUCGAAAAGUAAAAUUGCAUAUCGAAUUAGUCAAUUUAAUUUAUAAAAGUAUCAAAUGUAUUUCGAAAUUAGCAAUUCAAUUUUAAAAUGCGUCAAUUGUAUUUCAAAUUAGUCAAUUUAUUUUAA